UCCAGUAACUUCAGCCAGCGAGCAGCUGUCUGUGUGCGGUGUCCGUGCGUUUUGUCUUUUGUUUCCUUACGACCGGAGCACGUCGUCGAGUCUCGGAAUAAUUUUAUUUCUCCGAUUUUUUCCCAUUCAUCCCCCUACCAGUUCCGGAACCCUCUCGGUUUUCGUGUUCAUUCAUAGGCCAUAAUGCAUCGGACGAAUUUUUCCUGAAUGAAAAAUUAUUAUUAUUAUUGUUAUUAUGGCACUCGUUUCGAUUUUCUACGUUCGUCGGGUGGUGUUUUUAUUCGUUAUUGUUGUGCUUCAAGGUGCUUACACUGAGGAUAACAUUUUAGUGCAGAAACAAAGAGACCAGCUACACCCUGCCAGCGAUUUUAGUCGACACACCUUAGUGAAACCAAAGAUUUACCAUGGGAGAGAGAAAAGACAAAUUACGAGUACAAAAGAAGAGACUGGUUACCACACUGAUCACAUCCAAAUUAAAGUGGAAGUGGACGGGGAAGACAUGAUCCUGGAUCUGGUGUUAAACAGACAAUUGAUCCCACAAGGAUUUUUCCAUAAACAACAGGAAAAUGGCAAAAAUGUCACUUAUAGACCAACGAAAGAAGAAAUAAACCACUGCCAUUACCACGGUAAGGUCCGUGAUAGACCGAAUUCGUGGGUAGCAAUUUCGACCUGUGACGGACUUUCCGGUGUGAUUUUUGACGGGAAAGAGAUGCAUUAUGUCGAGAAAAAUCGGAAAAACAACCUGGAAGAUUCCUUGGAGCAUUUUUCGUACAAACAUUCCGAUUUGGUGGAUAACAAUAAGACUUGCGGGUAUGUUGGUGGGGCUGAGUCACAUCAACAUUCACAUUCGACGACUGACAAUAGAUUUCUUAGAUAUAAAAGAUCGACUGACGAAUCAAAAUCCCCCAUCCGGGGACCAUAUAACGCCAACAAAGAAUCAAAAUACGUAGAGCUAGUAAUAGUGGUGGACAACAGAGAAUUUAAAGAACUAGAAGAGAGUACACGCAGAGUCUUAGACCAUUGCAAAAAUAUCGCUAAUAUCAUCAAUGGGCUUUAUUCUCCCCUAAAUAUUUUCAUAGCCCUUGUGGGGGUGGUAAUAUGGAGCGAGCAUGACGAAAUAACUUUUUCCAAGAACGGCGACGACACCCUCAAGAGCUUUUUGCAUUAUAGGAAAGAUCGUCUUAUCCUAGAACACCCCAACGAUAAUGCACAACUGCUUACUAAAUUCAGUUUUGACCAAGGUGUAGUGGGAAAGGCCUUGAAGGGACCGAUGUGUACUUACGAAUAUUCUGGCGGAGUUAGUACGGAUCAUUCGCCAACAGUUGGUUUGGUUGCUACUACCAUUGCUCAUGAGAUGGGACAUAAUUUUGGUAUGGAACACGACACAACCGAUUGCCAAUGUCCAGACGAGCGUUGCAUAAUGGCACCCAGCAGUUCAACGGUUGCGCCCACCCAUUGGUCCUCUUGCAGUUUGGACUAUCUCCUUUUAGCCUUUUCCCACGGAAUGGACUAUUGCCUUAAGAACAAACCGAAAGAACUCUUCGAAGGACCAGUAUGUGGUAACGGUUUUGUCGAAAAUGGCGAGGAAUGCGACUGUGGACUUUUGGAGAAUUGCGAUAAUCCAUGUUGUAACGCUUCUACUUGCAUGUUACAUCCAAAUGCCAGCUGUGCCACUGGAGAAUGUUGUGAUUUUAAUACCUGCAAACCGAAAUCUGCAGGUAACUUAUGUAGGUCAGCUGAUUACGAGUGUGACUUACCGGAGUAUUGUACCGGUCAGUCUGAGUUCUGUCCUCCGGACAUCUAUAAAAUGGAUACGGAAGAGUGUGAUGGUGGAAGGGCGUUUUGUUACCACGGAUUUUGUAGGACCAGAAACGACCAGUGCAGGCUCUUAUGGGGCGACACCGGAAAAUCCAGUGACGAUCUCUGCUACAGCGCCAUGAACAUCAAAGGCAACAAGUCCGGCAACUGUGGAUACAGUAAAAUCAAAAAAUCAUUCACCAAAUGCAAUAGGGAUGAUGUCCUUUGCGGUAUGCUCCAUUGCAAGCACCUUAACGAACGAUUGGAAUUCGGAAUGGAAACAGUGGCCAUUUUAUCGCACAGUUUUAUCAAUAAAAACGGAUCGAUUAUGCCGUGUAGGACUGUUUUGGUGGAUUUGGGGCUUAACGAGGUUGAUCCUGGGAUGACCCCUGAUGGUGCCAAAUGUGGAGAUGGAAAGAUGUGUGUUAACCAAAAAUGUAUGACUAUUGAGAGCCUCCGUCAGCAAACCCCAAUAUGUAAAAAUGAUUGUAAUGGUAAUGGAUGGUGUAACAGUUUGGGACAUUGCCACUGUAAGGAUGGGUUUGCUCCUCCUUACUGUGAGUAUCCUGGACCUGGAGGUUCUGAGGAUAGUGGGCCAGCGUCUGAUCCAAAUGCUCGCCAAGGUGUCAUCGUGGCCCUCCUAAUAAUAUUCCUAGGCGUAAUACCCUCCUUGGCCAUCGUAGCAUUACUACUCUACUAUGCUAAAUACAACCUAAAACUCAGCUGGAAUAAAUCACCAUCCCCAACGUGUAAAUCGCCAAACAAGUCCCGUGGUCCACCUUUCCCUAAUGAGUCUACCAAACGCACCGAAGCCAACCACUCUUUGCUUCAUGAGGAUUCUCCACCACCUGCUGGUCUUCACACCGAAUUCUUUGGCAAUUUUAAAGGUUUCAGCUUAACCCCUUUGAAAAAAGAAGAACCGGAGCCAGUAAGACCUGCACCGGCCCCGCCUGCAGCCGCCCCAACCAUAGGCUGGAAUAUGACCGAGAGUUCGGAGACUCCCAACUAUCAAAAACCCCCACCACCAGUGCCUAGUGUCAACUUUAAGGCACCAAUCUCCAAUUUAUUCUCGAAGCCGGUGCAGAAGAUGAACUCCUUCAGAAACAAUACUUUGAAGAACAGCAUUAAGAGUGUCAACAGUACUUCCACUGCUCCCGCCUUGCCUCCGUUGAACCCCGGAAGUACUGCCCGCCCGAUAAUAUCUUCUCCCGUAUUGGAAAGUUCAACUUCCAACGCCAAAGAGAUCGUUUCACCCCUUAGAAAUGCUGGAAAGUUACCUGUUAGGCCGGCACCAGAAGCCCCAAAGCCUGAAAGGCCUUUGUCGAAUUCAGAAGUACCUGUGGUACCAGAGAUUAUCAAGAAAGAUAAAGAGAACCUUGGGAGCAGCACAAUAAACCGGAUAGCCUCCUUUUUGAAAUCCAGAGAAGACAAGAAGGCUUCCAAUGACACUAACUCAUUAACGAAAAACAAUCAAGUGAAAGCCCAAAAGGUGCUGGACAAAGAAACGCUGAGAACACUGAAAAUCUCAGAUCCGGUCCCUCAAACUCACAUCGAGGUCUCAAUAACCACGUUGCCGGUAGAUGCAGCGGCAAAGAAGGCUGUGGUGAUGAGAGCACAGAGCAUGAAAACCACCAAACCGAAGGAACGUCCCAAUAUUCCAAACUUUGGCUCCAUGAGACAACCGGCUGGUUAUAAACGACCUUUGAGCAUCCCUUCAGGAGCUCGUCCAAAAAGCCCACCACCUCCAGCCCCCCCGCUGGAGGCUAGCAAGAGUUCUUCAAAGUUGUCCGAUCAAUAUGAUGAUUGUUUAAACGAGGCUGUGCCCCUUGGAAAGCUAAGUGAGGAAAACAGCCCCACGAGCGGCGAUAACAUCUACGCCGUCAUUGACGAGACCCCAUCUCCUCCUAAAGUGAAAGAGCCCCCCACCAGUGAUGGCUUCGGCUUAUUGGGGGAAAUAGUAUCUGAGAUCCAAAAUCGGAACUUUGACUCCAUUUACUCCACUUCAACGCUAAAUCGAAAGAAGAAAGCGAAACAGGAAGCCGAGAGAAAGAAACAAGCUGAAGCCUUAUCACCUGACUCAUCCGAGUAUGCUAACUCAUCGAUUUAUAAGUCGGAAAAUGAGUAUAGCAAUAUGGGAGGGAGCACCACCUCAAGCGGGUAUAUACUACCCUCAGCCGUAAAUGCUCCUCCCGCAAAACAACCUCCCACAAAAGAGGCUAAACCAGUACUUAGUUCUUUUAGGAAAGACGCCUCGACAAAACCCUUUGGGGAUGCCCUGGAUAGGUCGGCUGGACCGAGCGCACCAGAAGCUACCCCCAAAAAACCUACUAGUGAUACAUUAGACAGUAAUAAAACAGCGAACAAAUCAAAAACUGUCCCUUCAAAAAUAAACAAGCAAAUCACCCCACCGAACUUACGGGGGAGGAAACCUUCACCCACUAGGCCACUCUCACAAACCUCCACGAAGUCCAGUAGAUCAGUAACAAACAGUCCGGACUUGGUGACGAGCUGUAAUACCAGUUCUGGCACUAAGAAUCCGGAUGUGGUCGGUGGUGGUGCGACGAAAAAGCCCUCGAUCAGUGCCAAACCGUCUGUAGCAGGUCAAAAACCGAAUGUCGGGGUGAAAGUUGGGGGUUUUAAGCAAGAAAAGAGGGCGAGUGCCGAGGUGAAGCCUCCACUUGCCACGAAGGUGAGUAAAACGUCUCCCUCGGAUGUUAAGACCUCUUCAGUAGGGUUGAAACAUGCUGCCAGAUCGAAUUCUAACGUGGCCUCGUUACAGCAGAAAUUCGAGGAGAAGAACAAUAUGAAAACCGCCCCCAAGGUGAAAUCGUGAAUUAAAUUAAAUUUGAAAGACUGUUAAGUAAUUAAUUAAUUUGGCCCAUCUACUUGUUUCAAGCUAAAUGGAAAUGUGCUGCUACGAUAAUUGUAAAACUAAAUCAAAAUUAUUAUUAUUAUUGUGUUUUUGUGACUGAUUUAGUAUUAUUUUUGAUGUAAAAUAUGUCCUUGUUGCAACAGUCUAAUGGUUUUUAGACUUUCUCUUUAUUAAUAAUUUCAGUGAAAUUCUUAUUAGUUUAGGUGACAAUCAGGCAUUUCUAUGACACAUUUGAACAUGAUAUAGUUAAGUAUUUUUGUUAAUUUCUUUUGUAUAUAAACCAAAGAUUAUUAUUCUCGUAAGACAAAAUAUUUGUAAUAUAUAUUUAUUCAACAGAA